AUGAACAAAAAACAGGCUAGUGAAGAGCAACAAGAUGUCAAAAAGGAGUUGGAAGCUCUGAAGCAGUAUGAAAAGAAGCUUCAGCAUGCCAAAGAGGCCCUGAAACCAAAGGAUAAAUGUGAUGAAAGCGAAAUAAAAAAACUAGAAGAUAUUAUCAAAAACACAAAAGAUACAAUGGCGAAGAGUGAGGAUGAGAUAAAACAAAUGAAAAAAGAUCACAAUGGUCUAAUUGCCACACAAAUUGCGCAGGUCCAAUUAUUGGAGGAAGAGGUAAAAAAGCAGAUUCAAGAGUCAGAAGAGAAGCUUGAAAAAGAGCAGCAGAAAUUCAAUAACAAAGAUACAAGACAUGAAAUGGAAGAACAAGUCCAGCAAAAUACUGAAGUUACUAAAAUGUCUAUGAAGACCGUACUUAUGCAAAAAGUUACAAAAACUGUCAAGUCUGUUGCUGGAUUAAGAGGGGAAACUGAUCCAAACCAAGAAGAACUUAAUGGUAGUACUGAACAGAAGAAAAGAACACAAAAAAUGACUGAAGAAGAAAUGAAGCUAGAGGAACUUAGAAAGCAAAAUGAUCAAAGUCUAAGAGAGAGAGAUGAGCAAAUUAAAAGUCUUAAAGAAGAAUUACAAACCAGAGAUUCUGAAAUAAAUGAAUUGAAAAAAAUGUAUGAGCAAGAGCUACAAGAAAAAUCCCAAUCUCAAAACACAUCAAAUGGUUGGACUAGUUUUAUUGCCAAAUAUUUUCCUUUGAAAAAAACCAUCAUUGAUCAGUUGGAAGCUAAAAACAAAACAAUGUCUGACCAACUGCAAGAGGCAGAAAAUGCUUUAGAACAAGAGAAAAAGGAGUCUAUGAGGAAAGAUGCCCAACUAAUGGAGCAAGAAGAACAUUAUGAACAGAGACUGAAAAAACAAAGUGCAAUAAUGACAUCAAAAAUUCUGAAGCUGCAAGAAGAAAAUGAAGAGCUCCGUCAGAAACUAAAAGAAGCAGAGGCUUCAUGGAAAAAGGAAAUGGAUGAAUUGAGAGCCACUCAUGCUAACGAAAUAGAUAAAUUGAAAGCCAUUGUAGCUAAGGGCAAAGAGGAUACAGAAAAGCUGAAAGCCAUUGUAGCUAAGGGCAAAGAGGAUACAGAAAAACAAAUAACUCAAAUACAAGAAGAAACCAGACAACUUUCUAGGGUUAUAGAAGAGCAGAAAAAGAUAGAUCAAAAGAUGGAGGACAUGAGUCAAAAGAUAAUGGAGGGUAUGGGUCAAAAGAUGGAAGACAUGGAGCAAAAGAUGAUGGAGGGCAUGGAUGAAAAGUUGGAUCAGAAGAUCAAAAGCUUGGAACAAAAGGUAGAUGACAUGGGUCAAAAAACAGAUGACAUGGGUCAAAAGAUGAAGGACAUGGGUCAAAAGGUGGAGGACAUGGGUCAAAAAACAGAUGACAUGGGUCAAAAGAUGAAGGACAUGGGUCAAAAGGUGGAGGACAUGGGUAAAAAAACAGAGGACAUGGGUCAAAAGGUGGAGGACAUGGGUAAAAAAACAGAGGAUAUGGGUCGAAAAGUGGAGGACAUGGGUAAAAAAACAGAGGACAUGGGUCGAAAGGUGGAGGACAUGGGUAAAAAAAGAGGACAUGGGUCGAAAGGUGGAGGACAUGGGCUGUACUCUAAUAUCUAUGUUUAUAUACUGACUACAUUCCCCGCCCCUUUGGUCAUGAGCAAAGAGAAAACCACUGGGGGACAAAAAGAUAUCAAAGACUUUAAAGCUAGACUCCAGCAGUAUGAAAAGGAUCUUCAGGAAGCCAAAGAGAAGCUGAAACAAGAAGAUGAUGAAGUUAGGGCUAAGAAUGAAUGUGCUGAAAAGAAAAGAAAAGGCUUGGAAGAAAAGGACAAAUUCAUUAAGGACUUAAAAGAUAAGAUGAACAAGAACAUGGAGAUAAAGCAAAUGAAACCAGAAGAAGACAGUCAAAUGGCCACACUAAUUGAACAGAUACAAUCAUUGGAGGAAGAGCUAAAAGAGCAAAUAAAAAAGUCAGAACAAAAGUUAGAAGAAGGUCUGCAAAAAUGUAGAGAAAUGGAACAAUUUAACAAAGAAACAAGAUGUAACAUGGAAGAAAAGUCCCAGCUAGGGAGUGCAUCUAGUAAUACUCAAUUAAAAGUGACUAUGGACAAGCUUCCAAUAGUUGAACAAACAAUUCAAAAAGUUUCGAAUACAGAUUUAAAGAUGAAACUAGCAGAACCAGUCCAAGAACUUAACGAUACCAAUACUAGAAGGCACAAACUGUCAAAAAUGAAGGGAGGCAUUGCGCAAUUUUCUGUAACACCGCCAAGAAUGACUGAAGAAGAAAUGAAGCUAAGAGAACUUAGAAAGGAAAACGAAGAAAGCCUGAGAGAGAAAGACGAGUUAAUUAAAGCUCUCAGGGAACAAGUACGAACCAGAGAUUCUGAAAUGCAAGAAUUGAAAAGAGGCGUUAGAGACUAUGAGCAACAGCUUUUAGAAAGCAUAGAAUUUGAGAUUGUUGAAUCUCAAAGGACUCGUUUGUAUGCCAGACACUUUAAGAAAGGACCCUAUUUGCGAAAAACUAUUGAAAAUGAAAUUAAAACAAUGUCCGACCAACUAGAAGAGGCAGAAUGUACACUAGAAGUAGAAAAACAAAAAAGGAAGCAUGAGUCCAUGAUGAAAGAGACACAACUAAAUGAGCAGAGAAAAUCUUACGAACAGCAACUAAAAGAACUAACGGAAACAAAAGAUAGGCUCACAUUACAAAUUGAGCAGCUCCAACAGAAAAAUGAUGAGAUCAUUGAGCUAUUGAAAAAAGCAGAAGCCUCUUUCAAGGAAGAGAGGGAGUCAUUGAAAAAGGAAAUGGAAGAACUGAGAGCCAAUCAUGCUAAGGAAAUGGAUGAUUUGAGAGCCAGUUGUGCUAAGGACAAAAGAGAUGUAAUAGCUAUCUACAAAAAGGAUGCUAUGAAUAUACGAUUCGAAGUCUCAAAAUUAGUCAAAGAGGCAGUGAAAGAGGUCAUCAUGGAAGCCAGCCUUCCCCAAGAAAUUCAAAAGGUGGGUCGAGAACUGGAGGGUGUGAAAGAGACUUUCAAGCAAGAAAUGAUUGAAUUGCAUAGAAAAAUAAUUAUUGAUGAAAAAGAAAAACCCAAUGUUCCACCAAUAACAGCAGAAGCAGUGGCAGAAUCCAAUCCUACUGAAAAUUGCAUACUAUCAAAUUCAUCAAUUGAUGGUAGUGUUGAACAUCAUUUUAAACCACCAAUUCAAGAAACAGGUUUUAAAAAAGGUAAUGUAUGUCAGUUGUAA